AUGGCGGCCAAGUCGGACGGCAGCGGCUUCUCGCAGCUGCACAACCUAGACGACCACCACCAUCACCACCACCACCAUCAUCACCACCUGGCCGGGGGGGCCGCCGCCGCCGCUGCCGCCGCCGCGGGCCAGGGGGGCUGCGGUGGUGGCGGCGGCGGCGGCGGGAGCUCGGACGACGAGGCCGGCGGGAGCAGCUCCAUGCACAUCUGCCACUGCUGCAACACGUCGUCGUGCUACUGGGGCUGCCGGAGCGCCUGCCUGCGCAGCCUGCUGGGCCGGGGGGCCGGAGGAAGAGGGUCGGGGGCCGGAGCCACCGACCCGCUGGCGCCGGGGGCCGGAGGUGGCGGCGGAGGAAGCGGAGGCGGCGACGGGCCGCCGUCGGCGGGACUGGCGGUGGAGCGGCCGUGGCUGGACUGCCUGUGGAUCGUGCUCGCUCUCCUGGUGCUGGUGGGCGACGUGGGCACCGACCUCUGGCUCGCCCUCGACCACUACGGCCGCCGCGACUACCUGUGGUGCGGCCUGACGCUGGCCUUCGUGCUGCUGCCCUCCGUGCUGGUGCAGAUCCUCAGCUUCCGAUGGUUCGUGCAGGACUACACCGGAGGAGGCCUGGGCGCCGUGCAGGGCCUCACCAGCCGAGGGCCUCCCAUGAUGGGAUCCGUCGGGGCCGGCCGCCGAGCCGGGCAUCGCCACUACCACGGCGCCGGGGGCACGCCCGGAGCUCAGCGCCUCUGCAGGCUCUCCGUCUGGAUUUGGCAGUCCGUCAUUCACCUGCUGCAGAUGGGACAGGUCUGGAGGUAUAUCCGAACCAUGUACCUGGGGAUCCAAAGCCAGAGGCAAAAGGAACACCAGCGGCGCUUUUACUGGGCUAUGAUGUACGAGUAUGCAGACGUCAACAUGUUGCGCCUCUUGGAGACUUUCCUCGAGAGCGCCCCACAAUUGGUGCUACAGCUCUGCAUAAUGAUCCAAAAGAACCGUGCAGAAACCUUACCAUGUGUGUCCUCUGUCGCCUCCCUGAUGUCCCUGGCUUGGGUGCUAGCCUCGUAUCACAAACUUCUCCGGGACUCCAGGGAUGACAAGAAGAGUAUGAGCUACCGAGGGGCCCUUAUCCAUCUCUUCUGGCGUCUCUUCACCAUCUCAUCCAGAGUUAUCUCUUUUGCCCUCUUUGCUUCCAUCUUCCAGCUCUAUUUUGGGAUCUUUCUCGUGGUCCACUGGUGCGCCAUGGCAUUCUGGAUCAUCCAUGGCGGGACAGACUUCUGCAUGUCUAAAUGGGAGGAGAUUCUCUUCAACAUGGUGGUAGGGAUUGUGUACAUUUUUUGCUGGUUUAAUGUCAAGGAAGGGCGGACCCGAUACCGAAUGUUUGCCUAUUACACUGUAGUCUUGACGGAGAAUGCUGCCUUGACGCUCCUUUGGUAUUAUUACAGAAACCCCGACACCACUGACUCGUAUGCUGUGCCAGCGCUCUGUUGCGUCUUUCUGAGCUUCGCCGCCGGGGUAGCACUGAUGCUCUUGUACUACGGCAUCCUGCAUCCCAUGGGGCCAAGAGCUAAGAUCUUUGCCAGCUCCUGUUGCGCCGAACUGCUCUGGGGCAUUCCUUUGCCCCCUGACGUUGAACCCAUGGCUCCCCAGACCCCAGGGUACAGGGCGGCCCAGGCGACGCCCACCAGAGCGGCCACGGAGCAACAGGAGGAACUCACGGCCGAGACUUGCUUGCCAGUUUUCCAAGUGAGAGCGAUGGUACCUACGACCCCGUCCGGGAGGCCCUACCACCCAGAAGGCCCUCUCAUUAAGAUAGACAUCCCAAGGAAGAGGUACCCUGCUUGGGACGCCCAUUUUGUAGACAGGAGAUUAAGAAGGACUAUAAACAUUCUACAGUAUGUCACCCCGACCGCCGUAGGGAUUAGAUAUAGAGACGGACCUCUCUUGUAUGAAUUGCUACAGUAUGAAUCUUCACUUUAAAAGCUCCUUUAAACACAAGCACACAUACAAACAUACAGACACGCACACACACACGCACACACACGACACAAACGACACACACACACACAUACUGUCACAGACAAACAACAAAAGAAUUAAAAGAGGGAAAUUGGGGGCGGGAAAAGGCGGGUUAAAUGUUUACGGUCAUGAACGCAGCUCAUGAAACUAACCUUCCAAUAAGUUUAAUUUCUGGUUGCUGUAUGUGUUUAAAUUUC